UUCGUCAAUACGUUUCAAACUUCUUGCAAAGAAUAAUUUUCCUUCACACAUCGCUUCUACCCGCUCAAGAUUCUUCACCUCCCCAAGAUCCUGCCCCACAGCCACCAAAAUGUCCACCCCAAGCACAGCAGACGAAAUCACCUCUCCAGACAACUCCAUCUCUCAUGCACCUGAUACAGCCCGCAUCAUGCACUGGUCCAUCUAUGGCCGUCCCGGCGCCCCCUCCACGACCCGCGCAACGGCCUCCUCCUGGAAACACAAGCCGUUCUCCAAACCCGUCACCCGGCCCUGGUCCCACGUGAUCCCCUCCUCUGAGCUUCCCAAGCUUCUCAAUGGGUUCAUUCCCAACCAGAUGGAAGAUAAGUGGUUCGUUUAUACCGAUGGGCCAGAUGCGCAGGGCAACGCGGCGGUGCGGUUUUUCAGGAGCUGGACGGGGUAUGCUAUGGUGAGUGCGAAAUUGGUGAUGAGCAUGGAUGGAGAGGGGAGGGCGAAGGAGGAGGACGCAAGAUUUACGGAACUUACGUGGGAAACGGAUAAGGAGAUGUACAAUGGGGAUAUGGAUGCGCCGGGGACGGUGUUGGGUGUUGCGCAGUGGUGUAUGGGGUGUCAGCUAGGACCGAAAGAAAGAGAGGGAUCCGCGGCUGAGGAGAAUGAGGAGGAGGCACCGGCUGGCUCUUCAUGAUGUUACUUGAAGGACGCAAAUCUGUCUAGAUAACGCCAAAUGUGGCGGUAUUGGAGGUUUUGGAGUGCGGUAGUCACACCGGGCAUCCUGAUAGGUAUUUGUGUGUAGGUACCGGGCCUUUGCAUGCAUCAAGAUUAUCUGCAUAUAUGGCAACUUGGCCUCAAAUAUCUGGUGCUGUGGGACACCAACUCGUCAUAAAUGGCCGAGGGUCCAAGUUCCAUCAACAAAACAUCUGCGUGGGUCACUCUCGCGAUUUGAACAACUCUCGGCACAGCGUCGAUUCCAUCUCUCCAAGAAGUCUCCAGUGCCUGAUAAAUCAGAUACAGUUUAAUGAUCUUACACACAUGUUUGUGUGAUCACAAAACCC